AUUUUUGACAAGUUAUUCUAAAUUGGGAUGUGAAGAUAAUUUGACAAUCGAAAUGAUAGGAUCUUGUUGAAGAUCUCAUUUUCUUUCUCAAUCUAAGGAGGAACUAAAGUAUAAGAUGAAUAAAAGAUUAGUCGAUUUUGAGGGAGAUCUUAAGGAGAGAUUUUUUUUCAAACAUUUUAUUGAAUAUAAAUAUAUAUAUAUAUGACAUAUGAUUUCAUACCCAAACUUGAUUGAAAUGUCAGAAAGUAAAAAAGAAAAUGGCUUAAAUAGAGAAAUGGCUUAAAUGAAUGCCACAUAUGAUGAAAAAUGGAGGUUGUAUCUGCAAUUCAUUUUGGAGACUCUGAAUAUUCUCGUAUAAAAUUAUUAAAAGUGAACUUAACCUGACAUAUAUGAUUGUGUCUCACUUUCAACACAAAUGACAAAAAUAAAACUUAUAUUUGUAUUUUGUAAUGCAAUAGAUUCUUGUGACUUAUUUUUGUGUUUAUUUGUUCUAUGGUUGACAAUAUUUUCUCAAAGAUAUUAAAUAUGGCGGGUCCAAAUAUGGAUCAGUUCGAAGCUUACUUUAGGAAAGCAGAUUUGGAUGGUGAUGGCAGGAUUAGUGGAGCUGAGGCCGUUGCCUUCUUCCAAGGUGCCAAUCUGCCAAAACAUGUUCUUGCUCAGAUAUGGAUGCAUGCCGAUCAGACCAAAACUGGGUUUCUUGGCCGUCCAGAAUUCUAUAAUGCUCUUAGACUUGUGACUGUUGCACAAAGUAAGCGAGAUUUAACACUUGAAAUUGUAAAGGCAGCAUUGUUUGGUUCUGCCGCUGCCAAAAUUCCUCCUCCAAAAAUUAAUCUACCAGCUGCAUCUGCUUCUCAACCAAAUGCUCUCACAGGUGCCUCAUCCUCAGCCCCUUCCCCCAUCCCCCAUCAGAUGGGAUCAGUUGCACCACAAUCUCAAAAUUUUGGAUUUAGGGACCCAGGUGUUUCUAAUGCAAAUUUUAACCAAAGCUCUCUCCCUCAGCAAAAUCAGUCUAUGGGGCCACCCCAAAUCAUGCCAAAAAAUACCAGUAGUAUUGUGGCUCCCAAUGUUCUGAACUCCAGUAUCUCAAACGACUGGCUUGGUGGGAGGCAUGGGGCUCCUCCUACUGGUGCCAAAGGGAUCACUUCUUCUGCAUCCCCUUCUAUAGCCAGAACACAACCUGUAGCUUCCGCGCUUUCCUUGCCUACAGUUAAUGACCCAAAAACACUAUUAGGUUCUAGAAAUGGGUUUAAUUCCACCUCAGAUUUUGCUAGUGAUUUGCUUUCUAUAGCCCCUUCUUUACCUAAAAAAGACUCUUCUAGGUCUAUCUAUUCUACCAGUAGUGCUUCUGCCUCAUUGGCUAUUGUUCCAUUUUCUAGUGCACCCCAAUCUUCCAACAACAACAACAAUGUACUUAAUUCAUUACAAGAUGCAUUCUCCAUGCAGCCUGCAGCUAAUCAAUUUCAGCGACCCCAAGCACCUUUGAACUCAAGUCAGCAGGCUGCCCCUGGUUCUUCCCCUUUCACAUCAACUGGUAGUUCUGUUGGAGUGGGGAUCGCCACACCAGGCAAUUCACAACUUUCUUGGCCAAAUAUGAAACCAUCUGAUGUCCAAAAGUACACUAAAGUGUUUAUGGAAGUAGACACUGACAGAGAUGGAAGAAUCACUGGCGAACAGGCUCGACAUCUAUUUUUGAGUUGGAGAUUGCCAAGAGAGAUCUUAAAGCAGGUGUGGAAUUUAUCUGACCAGGACAAUGAUAGCAUGCUUUCGUUGAAGGAGUUUUGCUUCGCUCUUUAUUUGAUGGAACGGUUUAAGGAAGGUCGUCCUCUUCCAGAUGCCCUUCCAAACAUUGUAUUAUUUGAUAAGACCUUGUUGUCAUUAACAGACCAAAUUAAGGCCUCUCAUGACAAUGUAGCAUGGAGUCCAGGCCCUGGAACUGAUUUUGGACAGCAACGACAAUGGAUGCCAGGUCCUCAAUCAAUGGGGCCUAAUGUUAAUUUGAGGCCAACAGUGCAUGGAAAUGCUCCUAGGCGAGAUGGAGUACAAUCAAAUGAGGAAAGUUCGAGAGCACCUAAUUUUGGUGAAUUGUUUCCAGACCAACUUGACAAUGGGCAUCAGAGUUCUACUUUAUCAAAAUCAGUAGAAACAACAACGGCUGGAAAAAAGGUUGAAGAGCCAAAGAAGGUUAUAUUGGAUUCUAAAGAAAAGACUGAGUACUACCGCACAAAAAUGCAAGAACUUGUUCUAUACAAAAGCAGAUGUGAUAAUAAAUUAAAUGAGAUAACAGAAAGGGCAUCUUCAAAUAAGCGUGAGGCUGAGUUAAUGGGGAAGAAAUAUGAAGAAAAGUACAAGCACGUGGCAGAGAUAGCAUCUAAAUUAACUAUUGAGGAGGCUACUUUUUGUGACAUUCAGGCAAGGAAAAUGGAGCUUCAUCAAGCAAUUGUCAAAAUAGAACAAGGAGGUAGUGCUGAUGGUAUCCUUCAGGUCCGUGCUGAUCGUAUACAACAUGAUCUCGAGGAGCUUUUGAAGGCUUUAACCGAACGUUGCAAGAAAUAUGGAUUACAUGUCAAGUCAAGUGCAAUAAUUGAGCUUCCUAAAGGCUGGGAACCUGGUAUUCAAGAGGGAGCAGCAGUUUGGGAUGAGGAAUGGAAUAAGUUUCAAGAUGAAGGAUUUGUAAAUGACAUCACAGCUGAUGUUAGUCCAACAUCUCAGUUAGCUUCUGUUCAGAGAGAAGUUGAUGGUGACCUUGAGAAUGAAUCAGUAUUCUCCCAUAAUGAAGAUGAUUAUGCAAGAAGCUUUCGUGAUAGUCCAUUCGUAGAAAGUCCAACUCAAGAAUUUUCAGACACUCAUUAUGGUAAAGGUUCUGAAUCAGAUGCAGAAACUCAUAGAAGCUUUGAUGAAUCAACUUGGGGUGCUUUCGACAAUAAUGAUGAUUCCGACUCUAUUUGGGGAUUUGAUGCUUCAAAAACCAAUGAUUUAGAAUCUGAGAAGCACAAAGAUGCCUUUGGUUCAGACAGUUUUACAAUCAACCCAGUGAGAACGAGAUCUCCUAAUUCAGAAAGCACAUUUCAGAGAAAAAGCACCUUUAUUUUUGAUGAUUCUGUGCCUGGCACACCACUUUCUAGGUUCGGCAACUCACCAAGGUACAGUGAGGUAGGGGAUCACUACUUCGACAAUUUCUCGAGAUUUGAUUCCUUCAGCACGCACGAUGCCAGAUUUUCUUCUCAGCCUGAGAGGCUCACACGAUUUGACUCCAUAAAUAGUUCGAAAGAUUUUGGCCAAAAUUCCUUCUUGAGAUUUUCCACCAUGGGAAGCUCCAGAGAUUUUGGUCAGAAUCAUGAGAGGUUGACAAGGCUCGACUCCAUAAAUAGCACAAAAGACUUUGGGGCCAACGGUGGUGGUGCCUUCUCAUUCGACGACACUGAUCCAUUCGGCUCCUCCGGUCCAUUUAAGGUCUCAUCUCCUAAGAAAAGUUCUGAUAGAUGAUCUUAUUUUAUUGCAUUUUCUCGAUUUUACUGUGGUAGUAUUAGGGGAUUGUUGAAUCACGUAGCUAUUAGUAUUAUUAUGAUUUUUGUGCAUUGUUGUAUAGCAUCUCCAAUUUAGUGCUAAAUAAAAAAUCUUUGUUAUAUCUUGAUUUUUUUGUAAAAAAUCUUUCUCCACUUUAAAAUUUGUGCUAAAUUUAGCACAAAAUAUAACACAACUAAUGCACUUGUUUGUUUUAUAUUUAUAUAUAUUAUUCUUAUUUUGCAA